AUGUCUGAGGUGGAGGAAACAUUAGAACGCAUCAAGAACCACAAGGGCGUGGAAGGCUACGUGAUCGCCGAUCGCAAUGGCAAUGUGCUGAGACGUCACCCGCAGAUGCAAGUGGCCGAGGCCGAAAAGUACGCGCAGUACAUGAAGGAGCUUACCACAAAGGCGCGUGGCGUGGUACGGGACUUGAACCCCAAGAACGAUCUGCAGUAUAUGCGCAUCCGCGUCAAGAAACUCGAGCUUCUCAUCGCUCAUGAAAAAGACUUUUUAGUCGUGGUCAUCCAGAAGUGGACGCCUACAAACGGAUAA